AUGCAGGAAACCGUGGAGGAAGUCGUGGCAGAGCGGCGCCACAAAGUGGCCGAGGAGGAAACGAGCGUUCGCGUGGACGUGGCGGAUACGGAGGAAGUGGAGAAAAUCGAGGUGGACAUGGACAGGGCUCCGAAGGAAAUGGCUAUUAUGACGAGACCCGUGUAGAACACGCCGGGAAUCGUGGUGGAUACGGAAACAAGCACGGUUAUCGCGAAGGCGGACAGUAUUCCAGAAGAGUGGAUGGUAACGAGAGACGCGAAAACCAAGAAGAUCACGGUGGACACAGCAGCGGACCUCGUGACAAACACAGAUACGAGAAUGCUCAAGACGGAUACCGAGGAGAUGCAAAGCCUUCCAGAAGAGAUUAUGGGCAUGUACGACAAAAUGAGGUUCGUGAAACACACGGAGCUCAGAGUGACCAGAGUCCACGUCUCGCUAUUAACGUUUUUGGACUCCAACUCGACGAAUGCAAAAUUUUCCGUCACGUGGUUCAAAUGAACUUGCUCGACAACAACAAAGCUCACAACCUCACAACUAUGAAAUCCAGGUAAAUUUUCAACCAAAUGCGGUUAAGGUGAAGCAAACCUUUUUCAGCGUGCGUGGAAAUCGUGUGAGCAAGCAAAAGGACAACUUCCUUCUGCUCGAUCAUUUACUCGAAAAAUGGACGGAGAAGACCGGACAAGUGAAAAAAGCGCAAUUUGCGUAUGACGGUGCUCAGACACUGUUCACAUUGGAAAAGAUCAAUAUGGUAAGAGAUAGAUAAAUUGAGAUUUUUCACCUCAACUUUGUUCAGACCGUCGAAAUCCCAAAUAAAGAAGCUCUGUUGAUCAGUGGGAUUUCCGAGUUCCUGAUAGGAUCCCUCAACUUUUUGAAGUGUGGAAUCACCAUUUCCUGUAUGCUCGAUCAAGACAAACCGUCAUUCCAACAAACCAAUCUCCAAGAAUGGAGUGACCCAAGGUUCAAUGGCUAUCUCGACAUUGUCACGUCACAGAGUGCAAUCCGGAGUGGCAAGUAUUUGUCUCAAUCGAAAGGAUUCUUCGUUCUCACUGAUUCCAUGAAGCAGAACCAAGGAUGGUAUGUUUCGGCAAUGGCUGUACACAAAAGUUGUAGAGUGGUUGGUCAAAACGUACCGACGCCAAUAUUGGAACUCGACCGUGAGUAUCGAAGCCAGACUUGUAAAUAAACUUGUUCCAUUUUCAGCAACUUCAACGCAAUAUUAUGCGCCGAUGCCAGUAAACGAAAUCCUCAGAAGAGCGUUCCCGCAAGACUUUUCAUCGAGAGGAAUCAAUCAUCCAAGUGGAAGAUUGCAAUUGAAUGUGAAGUUGCUUCUGAAAGGUGACAGAGAUUUCAGUGAUUACCUCAAACGUUUGCUUUUUCUGCAGAUCUGAAGUGCAACAAGUACUUUGUGGAAAGCGGCACUUGGGGCACAAACACGAUUGCCAUUAGAGACAUCGACUACAACGCUCCAAAUGUCCCAGAAUACAGACAGAGAUAUCCCGAUCUGGAGUAAGAAAAGUAGAUUUUUUAAAAUUAAAUAUUUUCUUUUACUUUAGGUUUCCCCUCUUACCGGCAGCUGUUUACGGUACCGAUCGUUUUUUGAUUCCGUUGGAGUACCUCAAGGCGAUUCCGUAUCAAUCCAUCGAUCGUCGUGUUCUUGAAAAGUUUGAAAUGAUUGUAAGUUAAAAAACGGACUCUGUUCUGGUACAUUCAUGCUCGUUUCAAGCCACGCGCAAGCCAUCCGGAUGAAAGAUGGAAAAAUCUUCAGCUUCACUUUAAAAAGUUUGGAUUCAACGACGAAAUAAUGAAGGCAUUUGCAGUGCAGGUCUGCAAUGACCCAUUCUCACAGAUCAGCUAUAUCGACGGAGAAAGAGUGUCAAAGCCGAACAUUGCCUACGCUAAGCAGGUUCAUGUAGAUGAUCAAAAGGUAAAAUGACCGUGAAUGUUCAACAAGGAACAAUUUGAAUGGUUUCAGAGAGAUUGGAAGCCUGUGGACAAACAGUUCUCUGAUCCGGCCAUUAUUGAUCACUUGGUGUUCGUUCUGGUAGUAGGAUACUCGCGAAACUUCGUAGCCGACAGAUCUGAUUUCGAGUUCGUCGCUAAUGAAUUCCUGAAGAGAUGCGAGCAGAAAGGCAUGAAAAUCGCAAGCAGAGCCUUUAAAUGCCACAAUGGAGUUCGAGGAUGCGAUGAGUUUUUGAAAAGGGUCUUUGAUGACCUAUCACGGAACCCGAAGUACGACUCUUCCACAGCCUUGCCAUUUGUUUUUCUUGCAUCUGACGACAUUCCUAACAUUCACGGUAAAUUUCACAAAAAUAAAUCUCAAUGGACUAAAUCGAAACUAUGUCAGAGUGUCUCAAAUACUAUGAAAGAAUGGCGGACGUUCCAACCCAGCAAGUUCUUCUCAAAACCAUCCGCAAAAUUAAAUGCAACGUGGAGGAAAACAGUCAAAAUGGCAAAAAAGGGUUCGAUUUCACUCUUGACAAUAUCGUCCUAAAGACAAACGUCAAGUGCGGAGGCCUCAAUUACAUUUCCAUUCCCGAGGAGUGAGUUCACCAUCAGUUAUCACGAGCAAAUACUGUUUCAGUAUCGCCACUUGGGAAAAAGUGUCCACUUUUGUGAUGGGAAUGGACGUGGCUCAUCCGGAUCGUGGCAUUCAGGGAAGUCCGUCAAUCGUCGGAGUGAGUGACAAUGACACAUUAUUCACAGUGUCUUUGAGUUUUGUUUUCCAGCUCUCGUGCAAUUCGGCCGAAAAUCCCUUCCAGUUCAUCGGCGACUUCCACUACACUCUUCCAAGAACGGAGAUUAUUCAAGACGAAAUUCUGCAAAAUUUCACUGCUCACAACGUUCGCAAGUUCGCGGAACUCCGAGGAUUUCCCAAAGAUCUCAUCAUCUUCCGUGACGGAGUGUCAAUUGGUGAAGAAUCGAAAGCAGUCAGAGAGGUUGAAGUCAUUGAGAAGACCAUAAUCGAGAUCGCCAAGGAGAUGGGAGUUGUCGAUUAUGCCCCGAAGGUGCUGGCCAUCGUUGUGAAGAAACGUCAUCACACUCGGUUCUAUGUGGAAAGGAAUGACUCAGAGAUUCAGGUGAUAUUGGAUUCGGUUUUCUGAAUGCCUAACUUAUAUUUACAGAACCCACUUCCUGAUACGUCUGUCUCCGGGCACAUUUCCGAAUAUGGAAAGCGUCAGCUCUUCAUUCAAGCUUUCCGUCCGAUUCAAGGAACUGCAAAGAUCCCGUCAUUCCUCAUCAUUCGCGACGAUGCGAAAGUUUCGAAUGAUUACAUCUCCAAACUUGUGUGCGCCGUCUGCAGUCUCCAUCAGGUACUAUCAGUGGACAGUCAAAUAGUGUGCUUAAUGUUGACUUUCAGAUUGUAAACAGCCCAACGUCCAUCCCCACCCCCGUCUUUGUGGCCCAUGAGUUUGCGAAGAGAGGAUCAAACAUGCUCAAAGCUUACAAGUAAGAUAUCUGCAUUCAAAAGAUGUUAAUGAAUCCCAUAUUUCAGGUACAAAAAAGGCAAUUUCAACGACGACUGGUUCUCUUUGACAAAAGAGCUCUCGUACAGUGCGCUCGAACGUCUGUCCAAAAUGAGAAUUGUCUGA